ACACAUAUAUAUAUAUAUAUGUGGAGGAUUCGAUUUGAAUUAGUGGGUGCAGCUUAGUUGGGCUCUGCUCCAAAAGAAACAUGCUCGGACCGCAAUGUCUCUGAAGGCGAAUUCUUCACAAAUGUCCAAGCAAUGCGUUCACCAAUCGCUAAAUCUCUGUACGUUACUAACCCAUUUUCACGUUUCUGUUUGCCCAUUUCGAUUCCUUCUCUUUCUGCUUUGAAUUCGGCCACUACCUCCUUUAAUCCCUGUUGUUCCGAAUCCUUUUGCUCUCUUGCCCACCAACUGUUCGAUGAAUUGCCUCGAAGAGAUAUUCCCUCACUUACUUCCCUUCUCACCUCGUAUGUGCGUGGUCAUCGCCACUCAGACGCCUGGUCUCUCUUCCGUCAAAUGCACCGUUCCUGCUCUCCUCUCACCGCCCACACUCUCACCGCUGCCUUGGCUGCCUGCUCGGCAUUACCCACCUCCGAUUAUGGCCAACAAGUUCAUGGGCUAAUCAUCAAAACAGGUACAUAUUCCGGGAUUGUAACUAAAACUGCCAUUUUAGACAUGUACUCCAAAUGUGGGCUUCUUGAUCACUCUGUUCAGGUCUUUGAGGAAAUGGAAUUGAAAGAUGUGGUUGCGUGGAAUGCGUUGCUAUCCAGCUUUUUGAGAGAAGGUCUUGCUGGGAAAGCACUAAAUGUGUUUGAAGAAAUGAAGAGAGAAAAAGUGGAAUGUAGUGAGUUUACUUUGUGUUCGGUGCUCAAGGCUUGUGCGGUUUUGAAAGAUUUUCAGCUGGGUAAGCAAGUUCAUGGGAUGGUUGUUGUUAUGGAUAGAGAUAUGCUUGUUUUGGGUACUGCCUUGGUUGAUUUCUACUCUACUGUUGGCUGUAUCAGUGAAGCCAUGAAAGUUUACACUAGUUUAGAUUGUAUAAAGGAUGAUAUCAUGCUUAAUUCUUUAAUUUCUGGGUGUGUUGUGAAUAAACAAUAUGAAGAAGCCUUUUCAUUGAUGAGCAAGAUGAGACCUAAUGCAAUUGCAUUAACAAGCGCCCUGGCUGCUUGCUCUGAGAAUUCUGAUCUAUGGAUAGGGAAGCAAAUACACUGUGCUUUGGUCCGUCAUGGUAUGACAUCCAAUACCCAAUUGUGCAAUACUUUGCUUGAUAUGUAUGCAAAAUGUGGGAAAAUUUCGAAUGCUCGAAUAGUGUUCGAUGAAAUGCGUCAUAGAGAUGUAGUAUCAUGGAGCAGCAUGAUACAAGCAUAUGGAAGUCAUGGAGAUGGGCUAAAAGCUUUCGAAUUGUUCAAGAUGAUGCUAGAUGGAAGAACUGGAGUGUUGCCAAAUUCAGUGACAUUCCUUUCUGUCUUAUCUGCCUGUGGGCAUUCGGGGCUGGUGGAACAGGGACAAGAAUGUUUCUAUUUGGCAAAGGAGAGGUAUAGUUCAUAUCUAGCUCCUGAACACUAUGCCUGCUUCAUAGAUAUAUUAGGCCGAGCUGGUAAGAUUGAAGAAGUAUGGAGUGUGUUCCAUGAUAUGGAGAUGUGUGGCGUUAAGAUUACAUCAAAACUAUGGGCAGCAUUGCUUAAUGCUUGUAGUCACAACCAAGAUGUUUCCAGGGGUGAGUUUGCUGCUAAAAGACUGCUUCGAUUGGAUCCGAACAAGGCUGGGAAUUUCGUGUUGGCAUCGAAUUUUUAUGCGUCGAUAGGAAAGUGGGAUUCGGUCGGUGAAUUGAGGAGAAUCAUGUGGGAAAAGGGACUGAGUAAGGAAGCUGGGAAUAGCUUGGUCAGUUCUUCUUGCUUCUAAUGCAGCAGAUGAGAGAAUUGGCUGAGUUUUUAAUGCAGAAAAAGAAGAAACGCCUGAUUGUGGGUUGAAUCAUCAGGUUUAAUGCCACUCGUUGUUGAUCAAGCCUGCAACCAACAUGUCCUGUGGCUGAAGAUAUACAAAUUUUGUUGUGCUCUGUUCUUCAGGUAUGUAAACCUUUUCAAAUUGAAUUUCCUUUUUGUUAUGCUUGUGAAAGAUCAAUUAAUAAACUAUUUUUGCAUGCGGGUGAGUGCUGGUUUGCGUAUUACCUCAUACACACGAGACUUACCUGCGAGACUGCUGUAAGACAAGUUGACUCAUCGAAGCAGCUCGACCAACAGACAGGAGGUUUAACCAUAAUAAGUUUUCGGGACUUGGCCCUUCAUUGAAGAGCAGAUUUUGCAUAUGUAGUACUGUACUUUAGAAGAACUAAAUGUAUGAAAUUAAGGACUCAGUGCUGACCAUAUUGAGAGAGACGAAAGCGCAGGUAACGCCAGUUGGCGAAGUGACAUUAAGCAUCUUUAGCGGUACAAAAAGAGAGGUCGUGAUGAUGUCAUUUACAACUGUACCGCUCCUUGUGGAGUAGAUCCUGCAUCCAACCAAGUCUUUGACCAGGAAACGGGAGAAUUCUCACCACCACUAGACCGUGAGCGCAAUGGGAACAAGCUUCCCGAAAAGUCAGUCCAGGGUCAGAGUCAACAUAGAAUGAAGGGGACGACUCUAAUAUUGUGUUGCCAAAGCCAGCUUCUUGGCUUGCGGGCAGAGAAGAGCGAACAUAGGGACUCGGUGUAGAGCGCAACGGAACUAAGAGAGUCAUUCCAUUUAGAGCAAGCCCAUGUGGUUAUGGGAGCGGACAUGGGGGCUCGGUUUAGAGCAAACCCGUUUGGUUACGGGAGCAGAUACGAGCGAUUGAUAUCCGAAUCAAUUGGUCAAACAACAACAGAACAAAGUCUACAAUGAUGUGAUGAAAUUAAGGAUGAAAGUGGAAUAAAUUUGAAUUCUAUAUAUUUUUUUGAAUAUACAUAAUAAAUGUAUGAAAUUAAUAGAAGGUAGGUUUCUUGUA